UUGAUAUCCGGAGUUUCAACACGUGGGAAAAUAUCUUCAAAUUCAAGUAACAGCAUAUAUUUUAAACUGAUAUGACAACAUAGUAAUGCAUUUUGUUAUAAAUUGAUAUUGUUUAUUACAGUUACGAUUCAAAAGUGGUACAUAGGUUAUUUCAAACUGUGUGGACUUCUCCAUCCAUGGGCAUGGGAAAGAAAAACAAGAAAAGGGCAGUUGAAUCAGUUGAUGAUCAAGAUAUUGACGAGCCAGACAGUUUUCAAAGUCCGGACAACAUGACCAAAUCAGGAAAAAAAAUGAAACUAGACAAAAUUGCAGGGUCAGCAAUUAAACUAGGGUCUGUGUCUCCUUCAAGUAAAAAGAACAAUAUUUUAAAGAAGGAUAAAGACAAACUUUCUGCCAAAAAAAAAAUGUUAUCAGACAAUGUUUCUAUGGUUACAGAGUCUGAACCAAGCAGUUCAAACAGUCAUAAGAAAUUGAAAAAUAAAGCUAGCAAUGAAGACUCAGAAACUGGGAAUGAAGGCCAUACAAAAUUAAAACAGAAAGAUGUAAAUAUUUCUGGCACUGUGACAGAAUUGGCAGCCAAUAAGGGAAAUAAAGGAUUAGACUUGAAUACUACUGUUUUUACCACACAAGAAGAUUACGAUUUUAUUAGAUACCAUUUGGAUAUGGUUCCACCACACAUUCUUAUGGAUAAAAGUAAGGUGAUUGAAGAGGAUUCAGAUGAAGAUGAGAUGUACUUAUCAAAAGGGAAACCCCUUGGUAAAAAGUCUGGGAACAAAGGUAGCUUUACAAAUAAAACAGCUUCAGCGAUGCAAGCAGACAAUGACACCUCUACAGGGACAAGCAGCAAAAUUAAAGAAAAGAUGAAGCACAAAAAACACAAAAAGAACAAGAAAGAAUCCACAGAUACAGAAGCUGGAAAUGAGAGGUCCCAGAUGCUUCGAGAAAAGUUAGUGGCCAGGAUUGAAGAGUUGAAAGGUAAAAGAAAUCUAACUACAGAUGAAUUAUUAGAGAAAAAAAGAUUAAGAAGAAGAGAAAGCAAGUUGAAAAAGAAAAUGACAAAAAAGGAAGAUAAAAAUAAAGGUAAUUUGACAAAACCAGAAAUCAAUGGAGACGUCCCUGUCAAGAAACCAGCUGUCACACCUGUGAAGGAUAAAAGUACGGGGAAAAUGGUAUUCAGUAAAUUUGACUUUGUUGACUCUGGGGAUAAAGAGGCCCCCCAGAAUAAUUUUAAGGGGAAGGAUUUUAAGAGACUUUUAGAAAAAGUGGAGAAGAAAAAGCAGAAAAUAGAAAAACUAAAAGAAACAAAUCCUGAUGCUGCCAAAGCUGUCGCAAGUAAAGAGUCGUGGAAAAAAGUUAUGGCCAAAGCUGAGGGCGAAAAGAUAAAAGACGAUCCAAAUUUGUUAAAGAAAAGUUUGAAAAAGAAAGAGAAAUUUAAGGAAAAAAGGAAGAAACAGUGGGAUGAAAGAACAUCUCAGACUGAACAUCGAAUGAAAGCUCAGCAAGAUAAAAGACAGAAAAACAUAGACUCUAGAAAAAAAGCUAAAAUAGACAAAAAGAUUCAACGCUCCAAAAAGAAAGGAAGGAAUGUGCCUGGAUUUUAAUAUAUCAAUAAAAAACAGUAUAAAAAUAAUUAAAGUAUAUUUGUUUUAGGUUACUAAGUAUCUAAAAACUUGUAUGCAAUAUUAGCAUAAAAUGUUGAUCAGA